AUGUACGAAAUCGGGUUCAACGAUGUGCCCUGGUUCCCGAACCGUGCAGUGCAGGUUGGCUUCACGGUCGGGUAUCUGGUAACAAUGCCACUCAUCAGCCUCAUGCUCUUCUCGCGAUUUCCCCUCAUCAGAACACUUCGCGAAAUCUACGGAUGGAAAUUACAGUACACCAGAGUGACAAUCCUCAUCGCUCUGUUUGCGAGCUGGUGCUACAUCUUCGUUGGCGGCCUGCUAAAUCUCGGAAUCGGUCUUAGCCAGAGUCUCAAGGAGUGCUCGACAGGACUCUUCCUCUGCACAUGGUUCUAUACCACUACAAAGUUGGGCGUGUACCUAUUUUUGAUGGAGCGUGCCUUCGUCGUGCGCGGCGGUGGAGUUCGCCUUCAAUCAUGGCAUUACCGUUUCAACUUUUUCCUGAUGGGUUGUUGGCUCUGUGUCUUCGUUCUCCUUGAGACCGGCCGAAUCUACGCGCUCCGCGAAGACGGCGUUUGUACGUUCGGAUGGGAAUGGUGGGCACUCAUCCCACUCAUGUCUCUGGAUGUCUUCGUCAACAUCUAUCUGGUCGCCAUGUUCGUCAUUCCGCUCUUCCGGGACCAGUUCGUUAACCGCAAACUACGACGCCUCGCAAUCAAGUCCCUUUGGACCUCUGUUGGAUCUGUCAUCGCAACAAUGGUCAACCUUGUUAUGCUCAUCAUGAUCGAGGCACCUGGCUGGCUCUGCCUGGGGUCUUGCAGCAUCGACAUUUUCGCCAACGCCGUGCUGUUAUUCUACAUGACCAUGACCCAACGCAAGGAUGACAGAGAAGCGAAAUCGGCCUGGACGCUGAACGGCUUCCACAAAGUCAGCCGCCGAGCCUCAUCAUCGCGGAUGACAUCAUCACAAGAUACAGGGCCGCAAGAGCCGGCGAAAGAUCAGUGGUCAUCAAAUAUCGAGGCUCAGAACGAGCUCAUCGAGUACGAGCUCAACGGCACAAUGCCGGAGAAUCCGCAGAUCAGAAACGCCGUCGAGGCCAUCCAGGUGCCGAUGAAGACGGCAAGCCUUGGCGACAACAAUAGCGACAGGGCUAUCCUCCCACAUUCGAAUUCCAGGGAGACGCGCACCGUUAACUUUCCAUGA